GUUGCGUUAUUUUCUCCUGGCUGUUUCUGGGUAUCCUGUGCUUUUGUUUUCAUCAUGCCUGAGCCGGCAAAGUCUGCUCCUGCUCCGAAGAAGGGCUCGAAGAAAGCGGUGACUAAGGCUCAGAAAAAGGAUGGGAAGAAGCGUAAGCGUAGCCGCAAGGAGAGUUACUCUGUGUACGUGUACAAGGUGCUGAAGCAGGUCCAUCCGGAUACUGGUAUUUCAUCUAAAGCCAUGGGCAUCAUGAAUUCUUUUGUCAACGAUAUCUUUGAACGCAUAGCGGGUGAGGCUUCUCGCUUAGCCCACUACAACAAACGCUCGACUAUUACUUCCAGAGAGAUUCAGACUGCCGUGCGCCUGCUGCUUCCUGGAGAGCUGGCCAAGCAUGCCGUGUCUGAGGGCACCAAGGCCGUCACCAAGUACACUAGUGCCAAGUAAACUUACCAAGUAAGCGAGGGACUUUCUCUGGAAUUUCCUGGUCUGAACAAGAAUGCUUCUUACCAAAAAACUCAUAGUUGCCUUCAGUCCCCUCCUUGUUACAUCAAGGUCUAAGGCAGAGAAGAAGAUGGAAGAAUGCAACCACACCUGGAUGGAUUUUUCUACUAGAUAUGCAUGUCUGCCUGCCUGCCUGCCUCUUGGCAAGUUAAUUUCUAUCUCCUGAUCUAUUGGUUGUCCCUAAUAAGCAUGUACUGCCCCUCAAAUAAUUGUCUACAUUACCCAUCUCCUCCUUUCCCUGUGGAAAAGGUUAUAUGAGCUUUUAUACCCCAUUGGGGGAGUUGGGGUAAUCACUCAGUGAUUUCUGCUCCCAUACUUAAAUAAAUUUGUAUGCCUUUUAUCC